UGGUAGAGUGACCUAGCAACUCUUGCCUUUAAAAAUUUGCCGAACCCAGCAGAAGAAAUCGGAUGAGGAAUAAAGCAUUUGGCUUUCAAGUAGUGCUGAUACAGAGAAUCGUCAUACUUAGGCAGGUAGCACACAGUAAAGGGACAGUGAGGAGUUAUUAAAAUCCAGGACGUGAAGUGCUCUUCAAAGGUUUGGAAAUGUUCGAGGGAAUGUGCACAAGAGCGUCCUGGCUAGUGGAAAACGUAGAAGGGAGUAACUUUGGCUAUGCAUCCAUUCUUUUGGGCAUAUAUUCACUCUCUUCACAGGUUCCUAUCGGGGAGACAAUGCGCACACACUACCUCCUAUAUUAAUAACCCCAUGCAGCAGUACAGGCUGGGGGUUGACCUGCUGGCGAGCAGCUCUGAAGAGAGAGACCUGGGAGUGCUGGUGGACAGCAAAUUGAGAGCCAGCAAUGUGACCUUGUGGCCAAAAAGGCCCAUGGUAUCAUGGGGUGCAUUAAGAAAGUGUGUUCAGCAGGCCAGCAUCAGGUCGAGGGAGGUUUUUGUCCCCCUCUACUCUGCCCUGGUAAGGCCACACCUGGAGUACUGUGUCCAGCUCUGGGCUCCCCAGUUGAAGCGAGAGAAGGAACUUGUGGGAAGAGUCCAUUGCAAGGCUGCAGAAAUGAUUAGGGGACUGGAGCAUCUCUCUUAAAAGGCUGUGAGACCUAGGGCAAUUUAGCCUGGAGAAGACUGGAGGGGAACCUUACCAGCAAUUAGAAAUACUUAAAGAGUAGACGUCAAGAGGAUGGAGCAAGUCUUUAUGUAGUGCCCAGUGACAGGACAAGGGGUAACAGGCACAAGCUGCAACACAGGAAUUUACACUUGAUGAGAAACUUCUUCUGUGUGAGGGUGAGGGAGCCCUGGCACAGGCUGCCGAGAGAGACUGUGGGGUCUCCCUGGACGUUUUCAAAACGCACUUGGAUGUGUUCCUGUGCAACCCCGUCGAGCUUUAGCGGGGGGGGGGGGUAGUUCAUGUGUAUGCCAACCAGGAUACAGGAUGGUUUCUAGCAGUGGUGGAUCCUCCGUUAUUUGUGAAAAGUGCCCAGAAAAUAUGAGCGGAGUUACACAAGAUGGGUGGAAUUGUAUUAUUUGCCCUAAAGGUCUAACUUCAGAAGGAAAAUGUAAAUGCCUUAAUAAUGAAAUAUUAGUGGAAAGAAGUGUCAACGGCAUUCUACUCAAUGAGGCUUUGUGCAUACGCUGCAAUGGAAGUGAGCAAUCAUUCUCUGCUUCAGAUGCAUCAGGAAAUAGGUGUGUAAGAUGUGAGCAAACCUUCAUCAAUGUAAGCAAGUCUUGUGACUGCAGCAGCCCAAAUGUUUUAGCUGGAGGAUUGUGUUUCAGUGCCAGUGAAAGCUUACCCCCAAAGGGAGUUGCAACUGUUAGUUUUGGACAGCUAGGUAUAACACUGACAUCAGCAUGGUUUCUGAAAAACCUGCAGUCCUCAGCCUCUGCCUGUUGGUUGUACUCUAAUCUAACAGCAUGCCAAGCUCUUGGAAAUAUGUGUGUGAUGAAUAUGAAUUCACUGAGUUCCUCAGGUACCGAUGCCUGUGGUUUAUUUCGGUACAUUUAUGUCAAUACAGCAAGGCUUGGCAUUGUUCAUUCAAUAGCCUUCUGGAGGCAUAAUCUUCCAUGGCUAUAUUAUGGUGAUCAACCAGGAUUAGCAUCCCAAGUGCUUGAGGCAAAUCAUUUCCCUACAGUCUUCAGUUUUAAAGGAACAGAUAAGGAUGUAAAGCUGCAAUUUAUUGCAGCCUCAUUUGAUGCAGCAGGAAACUUUCUUAAAUGGCAAAGUUUGGAGGGAGGCAUCUUACAGCUUUGUCCUGAUACCCAAACUAAAUUGAAUGCAGCUUAUGCAUUUGGAACAACUUACCAACAAAAUUGCAAAGUUUCCAUUUCCAAGCUUUUACUGGAUUUUGCUAAUCCAGUCUUUUAUGACCUAUUCCUUGAAUAUAAUGGUGACAAUGGACAAGAAAAGCUUUGGGCUGUGCCAGUUUUAAACUUGAAUCUUCAAUACAAUGAAAUGUUUGUUAAUCAAGGCAGUAAUAUGAACAACUGGCUUCUGACUCGUCGAUUUUUUUUGGUGGAUGCACUAAGUGGAAAAGAGAAUGACUUGGGAAAACUACCAAGAGUAAUUCGGAUUGCUAGCAAAAUCACAAUAAGUAUUCGUCUGGUAUCCCAUACUCAGAGAGGAACCAUCUACCCUCCUCUACUUACUAUUGCUUACACAGAUAUGCCUGUCCAAAAUCCCGAAACACAGAGUGUGAUGGUUUCCUUCUCAGUCAAUUAUGAGAUGAAUCAGUCAGAGGCUCAGGUACAGACUGACAUCACGUUGGGUGUGUUGGGUGGACUUGGAGUGUUAUGGUCCCUUCUCAAGACUGCAGGCUGGAAGAGGCAAACAGGAAACUCUAUAAUUGACUUGCAGACAAUUUUCAAGUUCUUAUUGUUUUAUGCUGGAGACCUUGCCAACGUUUUCUUUAUCAUCACAGUGGGCACAGGGAUUUAUUGGCUCGUGUUCUUCAAAGCUCAGCAGUUUGUCUCUGUCCUUUUACCGCUUCCUUCUCAAGAAGAAGACUUUGUUACAUACAUAGCAUGUGCGUUUAGUUUAAAGGCUCUGCAAUUCCUACAGUUGCUGGUUUCACAACUUACUGUAGACGUUUUCUUUAUUGACUGGGAAAGACCUAAGGGCAAAGUUGUUAAAGCAGUUGAAGGUGAAGGCGUUACUAAAAGUGCUACUGCACCUGUGAGCAUAUGGAGGACAUAUUUUAUAGCAAAUGAAUGGAAUGAGAUUCAGACAAUGAGGAAGAUAAAUCCCCUCUUUCAAGUGCUUGCAGUUCUUUUUUUUCUGGAGGUGGUAGGAUUUUCAAACCUGGCUUUAAUGGAUUCUUCUUCCAGUCUUACAAGAAGCGCUGAGAGUUACACAGCACCUUGGAGCCGCAUUUUAAGGUUCGGUGUGUCUGCUGCACUCUGGCUAGGCAUUGCCUUCUUACAGGUUAUUUUUUUUUCUAUGUUUUAUGAAAGAUUUGUUGAAGACAAGAUAAGCCAAUUUAUUGAUUUGUGUUGCAUGAGCAAUAUUUCAGUGUUUCUCUUGUCACACAGCUGCUUUGGUUAUUACAUCCAUGGUCGCUCUGUGCAUGGGCAUGCAGAUACCAAUAUGGAAGAAAUGAAUAUGAAUCUAAAGAGAGAAGCAGAAAAUCUAUGCAGUCAGAGAGGUUUGUUACCAAACACAGACGGCCAGACAUUUCAGAUUUCUAUUUCAAGAAAAAUGCGACUGCACUAUGACAGGAUUCAUGAAACCCUCACAAGAAAACGUGGUCCUGCUAGGCUUUUGGACUCGGCUGCAAACGCUUUUGAACAAAGCACAAGGGCAUACAACACCAUGAACAGAUUUCUCAACUCUUUUAUUGAUCACGUUCAUAAAGAAAUGGAUUACAUUGUUAAAGAUAAGUUGCUGCUGGAACGGAUUCUUGGCAUGGAGUUCAUGGAACCAAUAGAGAAAAGUAUUUUUUACAAUGAUGAAGGACACUCUUUCACUGACGUUCUCUAUUACGGCAACGAGGCAACGCUGCUCAUCUUUGAUACCUUGUUUUUCUCCGUGGUGGAUCUGGCUUCCCAAAGUUUUGUUUUGGCAGCUAUUCUAACAUAUUUGCAACAAGAGAUAUUUAGGUUCAUUCGUAAUACACUUGGGAAGAAGAAUUUGGCAUCCAAAACCUUGGUGGAUGAAAGAUUCCUCAUUUAAUUAAGAAGAUGAAAAACUCUUGCAGAGUUAAUUGUGGAAGUCAUGUCCACAACUGAAGUACCUCUGGCCUGCAGAUUAAUUGCAGUGCAAUUUCCAGUAAUAGUAAUGUAAUGGUUUUGAAAUAGAUAAUUUUUAUACUGUUUG